CCUCUGAUGGCUCCCUUAGGUGAAGUUGGGAACUAUUUCGGUGUGCAGGAUGCGGUUCCGUUUGGGAAUGUGCCUGUGUUGCCGGUGGACAGUCCGGUUUUGUUAAGUGACCACUUGGGUCAGUCUGAAGCAGGGGGGCUUCCCAGGGGACCCGCAGUCACGGACUUGGAUCACUUAAAGGGGAUUCUCAGGCGGAGGCAGCUUUACUGCAGGACUGGAUUUCACUUAGAAAUCUUCCCCAAUGGUACUAUCCAGGGAACCAGGAAAGACCACAGCCGAUUUGGCAUUCUGGAAUUUAUCAGUAUAGCAGUGGGCCUGGUCAGCAUUCGAGGCGUGGACAGUGGACUCUACCUCGGGAUGAAUGAGAAGGGAGAGCUGUAUGGAUCAGAAAAGCUAACCCAAGAAUGCGUAUUCAGAGAACAGUUUGAAGAAAAUUGGUAUAAUACAUACUCCUCAAAUCUGUAUAAACACGUGGACACUGGAAGGCGAUACUAUGUUGCGUUAAAUAAAGACGGGACCCCGAGAGAAGGAGCGAGGACUAAACGGCACCAGAAAUUCACACAUUUUUUACCUAGACCAGUGGACCCCGACAAAGUACCUGAACUAUAUAAGGAUAUUCUAAGCCAAAGUUGACAAAGACGAUUUCUUCACUUGAGCCCUUAAAAAAGUAACCACUAUAAAGGUCUCAUGCAGUGGGUUCUUACUGAUUCGCUGUGUCGUCACAUCAGCCGCGCUGUUGCCAAACUUUGUCGCAUGCAUAAUGUACGGUGGAGGCUUGGAUGGGAGACAUGCUGGUUUUGCUCUGCAUUUCAGGGCUUGUCCUCCAGGAGGACAGCCUGUGCCCACUCGCUUGAUUUCCUGUGAGAAGAGGAGAGGGUGACUGCGAGCGGGAGUGUGUGUGGCUGAGCAGGGAACUGAGAGAUGCAGAAGCAGCUAGGACAGCGGCCCGAUGCAUGCUGGGAACUGGACUCGCUUUCACAUUUCAUCAGUUGUACUUCAUCCUGUAUCAGCACAGCUGCCAUACGUCGACUCAUCUGGAUUUUGGCUAGUGGCCUGCGCAAGGGUACGCUGCAUUUUCAAAGGCAUGGAGGGUGCAGUCUUACUUAAAAGACUUUUUCAGUUAAUGCUCACUGGGGUCAGCCUAGUGAAUUUAAAGCAAAGACCUCUUAGUAAAAAAAAAAAAAAAGUUAAAUUUAUUUAUAGAAAUUCCAAAGGCAACAUUUUAUUUAUUUUAUAUAUUUAUUUAUUAUAUAGAGUUUAUUUUUAAUGAAAUAUGUACAGGCCAGAUAGGCAUUUUGGAAGCUUUAGGCUCUGUAAGCAUUAAAUGGCAACGUCUGCUACGAACCUGUGGUAAAUUCAUGCAAGUAAAUAUAACGGUGUAUGGAUAGGAGAAAUUCUAAUGACCCUAAUGUACUAAAGGCGACAAUCUCUUUUGUGCCCGUAUUAUUGUAAACUUAUGCACAUCAUCAUGACACUGAGUAUUCACUCUUCAGACUGCUUGUUUCAUAGCUUAUCCCAGAGGAUUAAAGAUAAACUGGGUCUCAAACUUUUAUUCUGUGUCUGUAAUACUUCCUCUCUCCUAAGUGAUUUAGUCCAUCAUUGUAACUUCAUGGUUGGAAAACACAAGGGUUGGUAUAUAUCCUACUUGUUUAAAUCCAUUGCAGAAUACACCAAAGCUGAACAGCAACUAUGCUUUUAUUUUAGCCCGCCUCCAGAACAACAGGACUAACAUCAAACACCGUACUGACUUAGAAUUCUCAAAAAGGAAAAAAAACAACAACAACCCGUGUAGUACAGAUUUUUUCUUUUUUAAGGGACAACAAUCAGAUGAACAGGCUCAUUCUUACAAACUUUUUAUUUGUGCCCUUGGCUACCAAAAAUGAAAUGAUGCAAGUACCAUAGGGGCCAUUGUAACAUCUUUUAUUGAAAAUUGCUUUUGUUGUGAACUGUCAUAACACACGGUAAUAGCACCCUUCAAGCAAAACUUGCAAAAUGAAACUAAUAAAUCUUCAUCAAUAAUGACAAUGAGGGGAAAAGUAUUAUACUUGUUGACUGUGUUUUAUUUUAAAAAAUGGUCUUCACAAGCACUCAGUUUUUUUAGAGGGGAGGUUACCGUAUAGAAUAUCUUUUACAAGGCUUUUAUAACAUUUUAUGCUAAAAAGCAUAAGAAUAUAUAAAGAAUACAUUUCUUUAGUAGCAAUAAUUUUGGAACUUGCUUUUGGGCAAGGGAGACUAUUUCUUACUAUAUACUGAGAAGGAAAGAGCCAAAUUCUUAAAGCAAUAUUUAAGAAAAAGGAAUUUAUAACAAAUUCUCAUACGACAUUUAACACUUUCUAGCCAGUUAUAUUGGGAAAUUGAAAGUGACAGUUAAAAAAUGUGUGGGGAUUUAUGUAACUAUUUUAAAAUUUAAUAUUCCAACUUUGUUUUGCUCUGAUGCACAUUCUCUAUGAAAAAUAGAAGUAUGUCACUGGUGAGUUAAAGCUGUUUUGAAGUAGAAUCACAUGAUUUAUUGCCAUAAGCGCAUGUGGUCCUUCUAAUGGUGCAAGUUAAAAUACAUAGCAGAGCCCUCCUGCUGAUGUGCAUUAAGGAAAAACUAAGUCUAACAUUUGGAAUUAAGAAAUAUUUUGGGGGGAGGGACAGAAGCAAUGUCAAAUAGUUGAUUUACGAUAAAGAUCAGAAUAUCCCCUUCAUUUCUUUUCUUUUCUUUUCUUUUUUACCUUCUAAAUAGAAACUGCAUUUAAUUCUAAGAUUAGUAUUCUUAUUUAUUAUUUAACCUUUUGCUGCUGCUAAAAUGUGCACAUAUUCAGGCUUUAGUUUUCCCAAAAGGUGUUUCAUAUUUUUGGCUGAAAAACAUCCCGCAUCUGACCACAGGGAAGAAUCAAGUUUUUAGGAUGUAGGUAAAAUAUUUAGCACUGAAGAGAUUGAUUUUAGAAGAUAGCCAAAAGUAAUCUUAAAGUAGCAUGAGAUGCUAGAUAAUCAAGCCUAAAAGAAAGAAACACUUUGUGAAAAAGACUAAAAUCUCUGUGCAUUCCUAGAAAUGCUACUUUAAUAUCUACUUUUGGAGUUAUUUUGUUUUGGUACUUUUUAAAAAAGACAAACAAAAUGUUAUAUGCUUUUGGCAAUAGAUAAACUGUAAUGGUCUGUAAAUGAAUAUUGACUUAUGCAAUUUAUGUAAAUAAGUGUUCUGGGAGAGUAGAUGGCUCAGAGUUUUGUCGCGGACAUCGUCCUGUUGGGCAGUAGAGUGAGUCAUCCCCAGUUUGCGGGUUUGCGUCCGGUUCUUGUAGUGAGAGACCCAAAGCCCCGUUGGCUGGCAGCCCGGAGCCUCUGUGGAACGGGUGGUUCCAGUUUUUCACAAACAGAUGCUCAAACAGCCAAACCACUAUCUUACUGGUGCCAACACUUGCACCUUGGUCAAAGACUUCAUGGGCAUGGACUGAACCACCCUCCCAUCUGUCAUGUGAAUGUCCCCAGGCAGUGUGAAGGACAUGCCAGGUCAGUGGCGGGGAAUCUGUCCCUGCCAGGUCCUGUUUUGUAGAUAAAUGAAUGGCUUCAGUUUAUGGUGUUUUCAUUCUAUUUCAUCUCAUUGACACUACAACAUUGUGUUAUUUACUGGAUAAUCUGUAAUUGUAUGUAAAUACAUACAAGAUUAUGUAAUUUGUGUUAAUACAUAAUUACAGACUUUUGAAAACUGGUUUUUACUUGAUGUCCAUUUUGGAGCUGCUUCAGAUUAUGUGCCUACACGAACCAAUGGAAUUUGAAAAACGUGCUGCCCUUGCUCUUACAGCUUUUGCGUGUGUAUUGAGGGGAUGGCGAGGGGGCUUGGGGGAUGCAGGGAUGGAGAAACAUAUCCAGAUGUCUCCUCUUUUCCGUAAGCAUUAGAUGAAGAAGCAAGUAAUCUUCUGGGAUAAAGACUUACGAACUUGGAGCAAGCAAAACGCAGUGUGUGUGCACAUUUACGCGGAUGGCUGGAUGGACAAAGGCAUAUCGUUUAAGGUCAAAUUAUUGCUUGCUGCAUCAUUUGACCUUGAAAUGUGCCAAAUUUAGAUCUGUUUGUCAUCAUUUGCACGAAAGAGCAAUGAAAUGGUGGGGGUGGGGGAAUAUGCCACAUGGAUUCAAAAGCCUUGUUAGCCACCAAGCGCCUUUGAAGUGUACUUGUGUGUAUGUGUGUUAUACAUGCCGUAUAAUACCAGUGGAUGUCCAUAGACAUUUUAAAAUUGGUAUUUCAUUGUUAAAAGUGAAAUGGGGAGAAAUUAAAGGAAGAAACAGUUUAUAGCCCAAAGUUCUGGGAUUCAGGUUGGAGGCAUGUCACCUGGCUGUGACAGGUUUGGUUACAGAGGUGUGAACUCUUCAGUGGGAUUUCUACUUCGUGCUUGCAGUGUGCCUUGACGGCUGCCUUCUCUUAAGUCUUCAGAAUAAUUUUUCCCCGUUUUUAUCAAGAUAUAAUUGGCAUUCGUCACUGUGUGCGUUGAAGGUCCACAGCAGAAGGAUUUUACUUACCUGUAUUGUGAAAUGAUUUCCAUGAUAGGUUUAGUUAACAUCGAUUAUCUAGAACAAUUGUUGAUAUAACCUUUUCUUCACCAGGCAGAAACAUGCAGAA